CGCCGUCCGUCGUGGGCUUCGAGGGCGACGGGCGUUGCUUUGGUGCCAGCAUAUGCUGCACUUGGGCUCUCGCUCUAUUAUGCUGCUCGGCCGAUUCUUGCCACCAAUUACGGACCCAUUCUCUGUGUGUGCUCAGGUGUCGUGACUGGCGUCCCGCGAAGUCGAUCGAAGCGCACCGUCCCGCGCCCCGAAACUCUGGCGUCGGGGUUUUCGCUUGCGCAUCGCGCCUCGAUGCUGUCCUUUUGCUGCUUCCCGAGUUCUUCACGUUAUUGCUCGAGCGAGCCCCCGCGUUCUCUUGUCUUUCAAGAGGUGUGAUGGUCUCACACUCUGGUCUUGCGCCAGAUCGCCGGUCCACUUGGAUCUGUGCUUGGUGAGUUUGCCGAGAAUGUGAUUUGAUGCUUUUUCCAAGUGAUGGGCGGGCAAGAGGUACGAGUCCGCAUGUGAGCCCUGGUCGUAGGGCUUGCUUUUGCGCACCUUCUGCUCGCAAUUGUGCAAGCGCAGGGUCUAGAGGCGUGGAUUUUCGCCACAUUAUCUGGCUUAGGGAAAGUUCCGCAAUUGAGCUCUUCUUUCCACCUUGGUGCAGCCUUUGGAGCCUGGCGUGUUAUCGGGGCAUUUGCGGGCUCGCAAUGGAUGAUGUCGUGGACCGAGUCACGGAACAGGUGCUCGAUGAUGUUGGAAAAUUGUUAGACCAGGACAAGUUGGAUCACGCAUCGAGGAGUUUCAGUUAAACACUGCCGGUUUUGUUAUUUUUCCGCCGGGGGCAAGUGAGCAUCUUGGCGGUUGAUAGCAAUGGUGUCGUUCAAAAUAUCAAAAGUUGGCACCCGGUACAGAUCGAAGCCGGGACCGUUUUCGUACAAUAAUUCUUCUCCUGAACCUGGAGAUUGCACUUCUUUGAAGACAAGUCAGUCGUGCGGUGGACAACAAUUUGGAGUUAGUAAUGCAGCUGGGGGAGCCAACUAUGGCACAGAGGCCUAUAUGUCAGGUUCACAGGCUUCAAAGAUUGUGGAGACAAGCCCUUCAGUGGCUAAAGUUUCAGUAACAGGAGACUUUAGUGGAGUGGAUGGGUUAUCUUGUAUCUCAGGCAAGAGGAAGCGAGAGGAGACUGUGCAGUCCAAGAUGAAUGGAGACGCGGGAGAGCAUUCCUUAAGCUCCAAAGACAACCUGGAUAGUUCCUUGGAAGCAUCUUUUGCACUCAACCUUUUUCUCGACGGAUUCACCAUUGGCAAACCCACUGAGAGAGGAAAGGCGCCUCCAUUGGGUUUCGAGGUGAUGGAUAACGUUUAUCCAUAUGAUCGCACGACCUCAAGUUUUAUAUCUGACAUUGACAAUGGCUGGAUCCCGCAGAGUCUUCUGGAAGACAUACCUUGCACAUACAUAGAUGGGUGUAUCUUUUGUGAGCUGCGCGAUUAUCGCAGUUCCAUACCGCAUGAUCCGAGAGAUUCCUGGUCCGGUUCUCCGUACACCAAUUCGAAUAAGGUGCAAGAAUGGGUUGCUUCUGUGCAAAGAGUUCGCCUGAGGCCAACUGCAGAGACAAUAAUCAGUGAUAUAGCUGCGAUCACCGACGAGACGUGGACAUAUUCCGAUAUACUGGAAGUUGAGGCAAAGAUUUUGAAGGCCGUACAACCACCUAUAUCUCUAGACCCAACACCUGAAGUUGCAAAAAAGGCAUACAUCGCAAAUUAUAACAAGAUGAAAUUCAACGUGGGUCGGCGUAUGUUUCGACGCUACAGGAUGCCGAAGGAAGGUCACUCAGUUCGCCGUCAGCGAAUUGCUGCUGUUGCUAAAACACUGGCGAAAAUAGGCAGCCUGACCACAGCGAGGAGGAUGGCGCUGGAAAGAAUGUACGCUAUAUCAAUACCCCCUGUUCAAGUUCCCUCCUCACCUUCUUCAAGUACUCCUGCAACACCUGCAACACCGUCUACUCUCACGUCUGCAAACGAAAGUACUGGUUUUGGUGGAGACAUGAAGUUGGCAUCAGCGUCCUCUCUUCUAGGGAAACGGGACAGUAAAGAGUUCGCAGCAGCAGCUCGAGAUGCGAAGAGAUUGAAAUCUGCUCAUGUGAAGGCUGAGAAGAUUCACCAUCAACAACAGAAAAUGCAGCAAAAACAAGAUGCUAAACAUCAGAAAGAUCUGCAGCGAAACAAGAAGGUUCAUCAAUUACAACAAACGAAGCUUGAAAAACAGAGGAGUACGGAUUCCAUAUCGCAAAAGCAGAUGCAACAAAUGGGUGUUCAGACUCAACAAUCGUCGCAGGAAACUGGUUCUCAUUCUGAUUUGAGGGCUUCUGGGCAGUUUGAUCAGGAUCAGCUAGAUGGAAAGCCGUCAGACAUGGAGAUCAGUAAGCCAAUACAUGACGGUGAGCAGGAACUGGAAGAAGCUGAAAAAGCUGGAAUGGAGUGGGAAGUUAAAUUUGAGAUCAAGGAAGAGCCUGGGACUCUCCAACAACUUUCAAUGCCUGAUCAGUCAGAACAGCAACUACAGCGGCCUCAUACACCUCAAACUCCACGUACACUUCAGUCUAGGCAGGCGCCCAGUCCGUUUGCUCAAGCUUGGCAGCAGGUCGGGCAGGUGGGCGAUAGCAAGGUGGGUCUCAAAGGAGAGAAAGAGAUGAGGCAAAAAGAAGACAUGCUGAAGAGGAAGUUAAUUUCUAAUCAGAAGGGUCCUCAAAAGCCUGGCCAGAUGGCGUCUCCUGGUCUUAUGAAGACAGGUUCUAUGCCUUUGUCCGGACUACCUGGACUACCCCCUAUCUGUUCAGUUGGUUCACCACUGGUGCCGGCCUCGCCUUCCGGUUCUGGUCCUAAAUCACCCACACAGGUCGCACACAACUUCUCCUCUGCAACGAAUCAAAUGGAUAUGUUAUCAGCCCAAAUGUCAGCACAUAUGAAUCCUUCUCAAAUGAAUGCAUAUACGUUGCGGAGACGGUCGAAUUCGUUACCGAAGCUUCAAGCCGCGGCUUCACCCAACAGCCUUUCCAACUCAAUGCCAUCCCCUAUGCUCAGUAGUCCAUCUACUGCAUCUAUCAGUGCAUCCCACUGUAGCUCAAGCAUGAAUUCAGAGCAAACAGUGUCGGGUCAACAGCUAAGUGGUCAGAGGCAAACAGGUAUGUCUGGUCCCAGCGGAUCCGGACAAGCUGAGAAGACAAAUCUCGACACCAUGGCGGCGUUGCUCGAAGCCAUUCACAGGCAUCAGUUGCACGUCAAAAAGAAACCGAAGGUGGAGCUUCCACCACCCAACAAAAAUCCUCCUUCGUUUCAGCUAUUGGAAGCUGCUCUUUUCGAUCGCUCGUGUACCGAAGAAAACAGAGAGCCAAAGGGUCGCAAGAGCAUGGCCAACUCUCUUGUUGGUGGUAAUAUAAAUGCCAGGAAGACUCGCUUUUUGCAGUUCAUCAAGCAAGAGCAAGUUUUGCAAGGCGUUAAUCUUCCUCCCUUGCUGGUGCGAUCUCGAACACGCUUGGUCUUAUGUGGGCGCGGCAAAGACACUAUGGUUGAAGCAGUGGUCCAACUCGGUGAUGAUCAGGAUGAUGAUACUCAGCCGAACGUUGUUCCUCCUCAUCACGUGCUCCCUACGAUGUCGAACCCUGAAAAGGCAGAUCAGUUCGCAGCGCAGUACGCAGUUUUGAUGGAGAAAGAAGGUUGGGAACUUAUGGAUGACCAGGUUCAGGCGGCUGUGCCUAGAGGGGCUCAAGCAAUGACAGCAAAUGCCGCAUCGAACGCACGGCCUAUGCAAGCAGGUGCUUCUACUUUGGCCAGCUCUGCGAAUCAUAUGGGAACAUCACCAAGAGUACUUAUGAAUCAGCAGCACAUGCCAGGUUUGCCUGGACCGUCUGGAACCUCAGUCCUUAGCCAGCUCCAGCCCUCUUCUCCAAGCGCAUUAGCAGCUGCCCGUAUGCCUCCACCUGGAAACUCUACCCGGCAAACUAUGACCAAUAUAUUAGGACAGCCAGGUACAAGCAAGGGCAUGCAGAUGGAUGCCACAGCUUCUCAGUUAGCAAUGGCGCAAAUGCAUCAACAGCAGCAGCUUCAGCAUCACCAUCAGCUACAACAACAACAGCAACAACACCAUCAGCAGCAGCAGCAGCAACACCAGCAGCAGCAACAACAACAACAGCAGCAGCAACAACAACAGCAGCAACAGACUCAACAACAGCAACAUCAGCAUCAACAACCAACACAACAGCAACAAACGCAUCAACAAAAUUCGCGGUCACAGCAGCUAGUAAGCAGUCAACAACAGCUCGUUGCGCAGUUGAGUGGUCAUAAUACAUCCGGUCAGCCCAUGUCUCCGCAGAUUGUUCCUCAUCAAAAUCAGCAAAUGCAGCAGCAGCUACAGAUGUUACAACACCAACGAAACCAGCAGCAGCAGCAGAACAUGCUUCAGCGGAAGAUGAUGCUACCAGGGGGCAUGAACAGUAUGAACAGCUUAGGUAUGGGUAUGAAUGCUGUCAAUAACAUGAAUGGAAUGAGUGGAGUAGGCAUUCCCGUAAGUACGGGUCAAGGUGGCCUUGGAAGCGUCGUGGGUCUGAAUGGAAUGGGUGGAGUUGUAGGCAUGGGCGCAAUGUCAGGCAUGACUAUGACACCAUCCAUGGGAGGUAUGUCCGGUCUUCCACCGAAUAUGAAUCAAUUUUCUGGUAUGGCCAAUAUGGGUCAACCUGGUGGAGUUGCGAAUUUGUUAUCUCAGCAGCUUCGUCCAGCAGGCCUUGGUCAGGCUCAGGCUCAGGCUCAAGCUCAAGCUCAGGCUGCUGCUGCAGCUCUUUCGAAAGCACGGAUGAAUGCUGGACGAGGUCGCACACCUGGCACUCCUACUCCUCCCGUUCGAGGUGCCGUGGACAAUCUAUCCACUAUGACAGCUCCGAGUCAACUUCAUGGUAACUCAGGAGUUCCGAUCAUGAAUCAGGCAUUGUCAAGGAGUGGCUUGGCGCCAAUGCAGAGGCCUCUCUCUGGUAUGGCGCCUCCAAAAGUAGGCGCUACAGGUAUGGCACCCGGAGUUGCUGGUCAAAAUUACUACAUGAAUUCUCAGCAGCUGAAUUCACAACAGGUAAACACCGGUCUUGGGGCAUUAGUGGGUGGUCCACAAAGUCCUCAGCUGAGCGCCCAGGGCUCUUUGGGAUCUAUUGCAGGCCUCUCAAGUUCAAGUAUGGAUAUGCAAAAUGCUUCUCGAGCUGCGUCGCUGAAUGCUGCAAGUGUGGCGAACCGGGGGGUUGUCAGGAGACCAAUGAUGCCCCCUCAGGCUCAGCCCGGUCAGCCAGGACAGCAGUCUUAGUUGCUGUCUUUUUCUGUUUAGAAAGACGCGAAGAACCCGAGAGGUGUACUUGAUCCACGGAGGAUACCUAGUGUUUAGCACUUCUCUUCAGGUUCGAAAUAUAUCCCGGAAUUUGAAAUUGCGUGUCAACUUCGUCUUUGUAAGGAUACGUAGUUAAGGAAGUGGUGUUCCAGGCGGUUGGGAGAUGAUGAAAGACGUGAUGUAAUCGUCCAAGGGCUCCACAAUCGACGUGCCUGGAAGGGACUUGGAACAGGCAUUGAUUCCUCUUCGGUAACCCUUUUUUGAGCUGUUCCCUGCCAGAGUUCUGGCCGAUUGUCGCAGUGCAAGGGUGUUCUCUAGUCGGCAGUGAAAAGGGUGAGCGUCGAGCGGUUCGGCCGAGAGUUGAUAACAGGACCUGAGCGUCGCGAUUUUACCGGAUUUUCUGAAACCUGACAUCGCUCUUGUUGACUAUACUCAACACAAUCUUUCCAGGCCAGGAUGCCUGGAUUUAGGUCCGUUUGUAAGAGGAGUAUUGUAUUUCAACUGAAGCUUGUUGGAGGUCUCGGGCGUUGUAAUGUAAGAUGUUUUCUGCGGAGGAGGAAGGAAGAAAUGACCUAUCAUGAGGCCCGGAUUUUACAUCGCUCUUUAUCACUAUCCAGACAAUGAGCGACACGAGGUUGGUUUAUAUGUCACUAGUCUUCAGUCCAGCUGAAAGGGCCCGGCUUCAAUAGUGACAGUGUAUUUUGUUACAGAAGUUUAGAGAGGCUUCAUUUUGUCAAAUGUAAAUAGAUAGAAAUCAUGAGCUUAUCAGUUCUUUAAGCAGCUAAGCACGAACUUCUGGCCACUAAAUUGGACCCCGCGUUAGUCGUGGCCUGGAUGAGGUAAAAAACGAACCGCCGGCCUUUCACUGUCCCUUGAUACACAUCUUCAGGCUGGUUUAAGGUUGUAUUCGAGUCCUCUACAAGCGGACUCGAUGGCAAUUGGUUGUGUAGUAAAACGAGCAGCUCGGUUUACACCUGUAUAAUCUGUCAAUAAUAAUUUGAAGGUAAUUUAU